AUGUACGGGCAGUUAGUCAUCGGCGCUCCUGGCUCAGGAAAAUCGACCUAUUGCAGUGGUAUGGAGCAACUCUUACAGCAACUUGGCAGACCUUGCGUUCUGGUCAAUCUGGAUCCAGCAAACGAUUUUAUUCCUUACAAGUGUGAUAUUGAUAUUAGAGAACUGAUCACUGUAAAUGAUGUUAUGGAAUUUUUGAAACUCGGGCCGAAUGGUGCCUUACGUUAUUGUAUGUAUACGUUGGAAAAAAACAUGGGAUGGUUGAAGCAGAAGCUUUCUCGGUACGAAGGAUAUUUACUUAUUGAUUUACCUGGUCAGUUGGAAUUGUACAACAGUGAUGACUGUAUACCAGAGCUCAUUCGUGCGGCAUGUUUAAAAAUCCUUAUGGAAAAGUGGGGACAUCGAUUGGUAGCAGUGCAUUUAAGUGACAGCCUGUACUGCACUGAUGCAGGUAAAUUUAUAGCUGUUGUACUUGCUGCCUUAUGCGUUAUGGUCAACUUGGAAUUACCUCAUCUGAACGUGUUGUCUAAGAUGGAUCUUCUUGGUGAAGACAGUCUCCCUUACGACAUAGGUUUUUUCAAGCAAUUACCCGACCUGCAGAGACUGGCCGAUCUACUGAAUGUAAGUAUACGGUGUCACAUAUUCCAGGAUAACGAAGUUUUGGCGCAGUAUAAAAAACUAAAUCACUCACUAUGCUCUGUAAUCGGUGACUACGACCUCGUCAGUUUUGUUGGAUUAGACGCUACGAAAAAAGAAAGUAUGAUGAAUGUGUUGAAGUUAGCCGAUACAGCCAAUGGAUUUGCUCUAUUGGAACAAGGAGACCUGCGCGGACUGGUUGCUUCUCACUCAUAUUGA